AAGGGCAGUCACGUGACGGCGGCCGGCCCGCCAAGAUGGCGGCACCCUGCCUGGCCCUGCUGGCGCUGUCCCUGCUGUUUCCGCUGCUGCUGCUGUGCUGCUGGAAGCGCUGGCAGCGGGGGCGCGCGGCCCGGCACGUGCUCGUCGUGGUGCUGGGCGACGUGGGCCGCAGCCCCCGCAUGCAGUACCACGCGCUGUCGUUGGCCAAGCACGGCUUCUCCGUGACCCUCCUGGGGUUCUGCAACUCCAAACCCCAUGAUGAACUCUUGCAGAGUGACAGAAUUCAAAUUGUGCAGCUGACAGAACUUCAGAAUCUUGCAGUUGGGCCUCGAGUUCUCCAGUACGGAGUCAAAGUUGCAUUUCAGGCAGUGCACUUGCUGUGGAUGCUGAUGUGGAGGGAGCCAGCAGCCUACACCUUUCUCCAGAACCCCCCAGGCCUGCCCAGCAUUGCCGUCUGCUGGUUUGCCGGCUGCCUUUGUGGAAGCAAACUCGUCAUCGACUGGCACAACUAUGGCUACUCCAUCAUGGGUCUGGUGCACGGCCCCAGCCACCCCCUCGUUCUGCUGGCCAAAUGGUACGAGAAGCUCUUUGGACGCCUGUCCCAUAUGAACCUGUGUGUGACCACCGCCAUGCGUGAGGACCUGGCAGAGAACUGGCGCAUCAGAGCCGUGACUGUCUACGAUAGGCCGGCAGCUUUCUUUAAAGAGACGCCCCUGGACCUGCAGCACGAGCUCUUCAUGAAGCUGGGCCGCACCUACGCUGCGUUCCGGGCCCGCACAGACCCCGGCGGCCCGGCCACGGAGAGGUCGGCCUUCACGGAGCGGGACACUCAGAGCGGGACGGUGAUGUGUCUUCGAGGGCGGCCGGCCCUGCUGGUCAGCAGCACGAGCUGGACAGAGGACGAGGACUUCUCCAUCCUGCUGGCAGCUUUGGAAAAGUUUGAGCAGCUGACUCGUGCUGGGGACGGUCUUCCUUCUCUCAUCUGCGUGAUAACAGGCAAAGGGCCUCUGAAGGCCCACUACAGCCGCCUCAUCACCCAGAAAAGCUUCCAGCACGUCCAGAUCUGCACCCCGUGGCUGGAGGCCGAGGACUACCCACUGCUGCUAGGGUCGGCAGACCUGGGCGUGUGUCUGCACAAAUCCUCCAGCGGCCUGGACCUGCCCAUGAAGGUGGUGGACAUGUUCGGGUGCUCUUUGCCUGUGUGUGCCGUGAACUUCAAGUGUUUGCAUGAGCUUGUGAAACACGAGGAAAACGGCCUGGUCUUCCAGAACUCGGAGGAACUGGCAGCUCAGCUGCAGCCAUGGCGGGGCUACGCUGGGACUGGAGGAAACGCUGCGGAAGGGAGCAGAGGUCACAGAGGCCGGCCUGCUGUGCUGUCCUGCUUCAAGCGACCAGUGGGCUCAGGAAAACUAGGACAUGCCCCUGCCUGCCCCCUGGAUUUAUGGAGCUUGCAACGCACAGAUGAAGCCAGAGCAGGGCGGGCUGGGCUGCAGUCUAGGGCGCGAUCGGGAUCCGAGGAGUGAGAGGAGCUCCUUGGACCAGCCUUGAGAGACGAGUGGGAUUCUGCAAAGGAGGCUUGUUUCCUUUUGUUGUGCAGAUAGAAUCUCGCUCUGUCACCCAGGCUAGAGUACCAUGGCAUCAUCGUAGCUCACUGUAGCUUCCAACUCCGGGGCUCAA